AUGGGGAGAAUCACAUGCAGCUGCGCCGCCGUGAUCCUGCUGGCCGUCAUCAGCUCGUGUCGUGCAGUCACUCUGGAGUCCGUCCACUGGAGCAGCUCCAACACCAAAUUCAUUCGGGGUCAGGGUCUGGUCCUGUUCCCCCAGAUCGGGGAUAAGAUGGACAUUGUGUGUCCCCGGGCAGACGCUCCCUCCGGGGCAAAGGAGGAGUUCUACCGAGUGUACCUGGUCUCCAGAAGUCAGGUAGACAGCUGCACCAUCACCAAGAAGGACACGCCCCUGCUGAACUGCGACAAGCCCCACCAAGACGUAAAGUUCACGUUCAAGUUCCAGGAGUUCAGCCCCAACUUGUGGGGUCUGGAGUUCCUCAAGGGGAGGGACUAUUACAUCACCUCCACCUCUGCAGGCUCUCUGCAGGGUCUGGAUAAUACUAAUGGAGGGGUGUGCAGAACCAAUUCCAUGAAGCUCGUGCUGAGAGUCGGCCAAAACUCUUCAGAUCCAACUUUGACCCUCCAGGAGUCCCCCACUCGGUUCCCCCCCACACGACCAAAGUCGAAAUCCAAGGACCCCCCUGCAAGAGAAGAGGAUAGUAAAAGCAAAAAUGGUUCAGACUCGGAAACGGGACAAACGAACCCCAGUGGCGGCGAUGGAUGGGAGCCGAGCCUGCUGAUGUGGGUCGUCUGUGGCGGUGUGACCCUCCUCCUGGUCGUCACACUUCUGCUGGCGCUGCUUUGGAGGCGCUGUCGCCGCCGCCUCGUCCCUGAUAGCCAGCAGCCGGCCCCAGUGUCCCUCAGCACUUUGGCCGGGGCAAAGCGGGACAGCAUCGGCAGCGACUACGACGACUCGGACCGCAGCGAUGCCGUCUUCCCUCUGCGGGCCUCUGACAGCAUGAUCUGUCGCCAUUAUGAGCGUGCGAGCGGCGACUACGGGGCCCCCGUGUACAUCGUUCAGGAGAUAACGCCCCAGAGUCCCACCAACAUCUACUACAAAGUCUGAGGUCUGCUGCGGUGAGGCCAGAGUGCGGCGCGUGGUCCCACGCUGUCGGGGACACACGGCACAUCCAUCGCUUCAGUUAGUUUGUAGUAAUUGGGAAGAAAAGUAACGUCCUACAUUUGUCACACGAUGAUCUGGGAGCGCUCUGGCUCCGAAACACACUUUAUACCUACUAUACUGUCACAAGUGCAAAGUGUUUUGUUGUCUUGAUUGAGAGAAGAGAGGCCACCAGAGAGGAGCUCGAUGUGUCAUUUCAUUCCUCUACAUCUUAAAGGGAAACAUUUUCCUUUGUAUUUCUGUACAUUCAAAUGGCAGCAGCCAGUAAGUUGUUACUCUGCAGACUUCACAUAGAAAACGCAUCACAACGUUAUGAUCGAGAUCCAUUUUACCGAACAGCAUGUACGUACAAUGAGCUCCACCUCAACCAAUUAGUAAAAUAAAACAAAAACAUGAAAUGAAGGUAAUAAACUUUUUUUUAAAGGUUGCUUUUUAAAAUUACGUUGGUUUUGGUACAUUGUACUACUAAUAUUUACAGACCAAACAACAGUAAUCACAAAAAGGAACGUGGACUGUUUUACUUUGACUACUUUCCGUUUCAAACGUUUCGUCCUUUGAUUGUUAAAUAUAACAGUUAGUUGCGUUUCUUUGUGUUAGAUGACAAUAACCUAAAUCAUCCUGAGACUUGAAGGUUGAGGUUACUUUUCAUAAGUACAUUGCCUGAUAAUACUUGCAUACUUUUACUUCAGUAUUAUUUUCAUUACAGAGUUUUGGAUCGUAUUGCAAUAUAUUAUUUUUUACUCAAAGCAUUUGUUACGUUUUUUACGUAACGUUUAUGUUUUUUUAUUCCUUUCCACUACACAUGGCAACCUCAUUUAAACUGUAAAUGUGCAUUUUACUUAUUGAUAAAUCUGCACAUAAAGACUGAUUGCACUCCAACACACCAAAUGCAAGAGAACUUGAAUGUUUUUUUCUGACUCGGUUUUAAAUAUUGUGCAAUGGAUCCUUCUGUUCCAGGCAGUUGUUAUUUAGGUGAUAUUAUGUCACCUUCUAAAGACAUAACCCUUUUCAAACAGCAUCCAUUAUAAAGCUGUCCUUAAAAGGAAACGUGUAAAAGCAGCAGAAGUGUUUUGUUUGUUGGUAAAGGCGGGGGAAGAGUUAAAGAAAGUUGUAAGUAGUGCUUUCUUCAUUGCAUCAUCAUUGUUCCUUUGUUCCUUUGCAGUAAACGUGAUGGACACACAGGCAGAAAAUGGAUAGACAGUAAUGGAUCUUUUUUUUCAGAUUUUUCCUCAUGGUCACAAAAUGAUAAAGCAGCGCAAUAUGUGAUGUCCUCAAGAAAUAUAGGCGCUCUUCUAUUUGCUGUCAGGGUCCCACUUAGCAUUUAUACCUACUUUUUUAGAUUCAAAUGCAUUUUGAUAUGGUUGAUACACACACACUUUAAAUUCAAAACUGUUUUCAGAAUAACUCUGGGUGGGUAGAUGCUGCCCAAAUCAGCUUGUCUCAUCAUUAUGUAAUGGUAUCAAUGAGAUAUUGAUUGACAUUCAGCAGGGAACAGCACCGCGGACAAAGGAAGGACACGGGGCAGAGAGAAGGCUGUGCAUAAACAUCUUUCUUUCUCCAAACCCAUGAACUCAUGAAGACGUUUAACAGCCACAGACUCAGGCUUUGCAGUUCAACCACUUUGUCUAAUCUACCUGCAAGCUACAAAACCAUCUCUACGGGUAAUGACUUUUUUUUUUAUUUAAAUAUAAAAACCACUUAGCAUUUAAUUGUCCCAUAGGGUCUCCCAAGGCUCUGUGCACAGCAUCCAUGGGUGAACAUGUUUCAUGCUCCUUCAGCCACAUCAUGCUGCACAUUUUCAACCUGUCAGCUUCCAUGAGCUUCCUCUCCACCAGGGACACUGUUGCCUCUGAAAGCCAGACUGGAGGAUCUCCAGGACAUGUGCUGUAUGUGCAUCCAACAAGGAAACAGCUCAGCUCAAACAAAGCUACUUGUAAUCAGCAAAAUAAAUAACUUGCAGGAGAACAUGGAAGUGAAUAUGGUGAUAACUGUGACAAUGAAACUUUUCUAUUUGGCCUGUAGCCUGAUGCAUACACUUGUAAUAAAGAGCCGCAAAUGACAGGAAUGGAUGUUCUUAUUCUUAACCUGCAGCAACAUGCAACUUCC